AUGGUUUCUUCUUCUUCUUUGUCGGAAGUGGAGAUUAUAUCGCAAUGCUUCGUCCAACCCAAAACUCACCAUGAAAAAUCAAAAGAGCCAUACCAUCUUUCAGCAAUGGAUCAUGUGAUGCUCUCGGUCCAAUACAUCCAGAAAGGUCUUCUCUUUCUCAAACCAUCAAUAACAUCUGACUCUGAUGAUGCAGUCAAAGCAAAAGACUUCAUGGGGCCAUUUUUGGAAAAGCUUAAAGACUCUCUAGCCAUAACACUUGUCCAUUUCUAUCCGCUCGCGGGUCGCCUCUCGACUUUGAAAACCGAUGAUGCAAGAUCCUAUUCGGUGUUUGUGGACUGUAAUAACAGUCCUGGAGCUGGAUUUAUCCAUGCCCAAUCAGAUCUAAGUGUAGCAGACAUUGUUGGGUCCAAAUAUGUUCCUUUGGUUGUUCAAUCAUUCUUUGAUCAUCACAAAGCAGUGGAUAUCGAUGGUCAAACCAUGAGUCUCUUAUCAGUCAAGGUAACAGAGUUGGUAGAUGGAGUUUUCAUAGGAAUGUCUAUGAAUCAUUCGAUUGGAGAUGGAAGUUCCUUCUGGCAGUUCUUCAACUCUUUGUCCGAGACCUUCAAUUCACAUGACAGUACAUUGUUGUGUCUCAAGAAUCCUCCAAUCUUUCGUGAAGUGAACGGUCCUAUUUGCAGGCUUCCCUUCAGUCCACUUGAUGAGUCCAUUCCCCGAUCCGAGUCUCCGGUUUUGAAAGAGAGAAUGUUCCAUUUCUCAGCAGAGACACUGAAAUCACUAAAGUCAAAGGCGAAUCAAGAAUGCGGAACAACAAAGAUCUCUUCUUUUCAGUCCUUAGCCGCAUUUAUGUGGAGAAGCAUAACAAGAGCAAGAAAGUUACCAAAUGAUCAAGAAACUACUUGCAGGUUCUCUGCUGGAAACAGAUCAAGAAUGAGCCCACCAUUGCCGCCGAAUCACUUUGGUGUUUACGUCUCUCUUGCAAUUAAGACUACGAAAAUUGGUAAUCUGUUGGGGAAAGAGUUUGGAUGGGCUGCUUUGGAACUGCAUCAAGCUGUAACCCAACACAAUGGCGAAGCAAUCGCUUCCCAAGUGGAUGGAUGGUUGAACUCUCUUUUAGAAUUGCAAUCAGCGGGAUUUUCCGAUCCGAACCUUGUUCAUAUGGGAAGCUCGCCGAGGUUUAAUAAGUACGGCAGUGAGUUUGGGAUGGGGAAAGCGGUGGCGGCUAGAAGCGGCUAUAACAGUAAGUACGACGGGAAGGCAUCAGCUUAUCCUGGAAGAGAAGGAGGCGGAAGCAUAGAUUUGGAAGUAUGUCUUCUUCCACAGUUUAUGGAAGCUUUGGAAUCAGAUCAAGAGUUCAUGUCCUUUGUCUAUUCUUCUUCUGGUUCUUGA